AUGUAAUAUCGAGAUGAAAGUGAUCUUACUUAAGAGGAAAACAAUAAUUGCAAUUAAAAUUAAAAAAUAAGUAGCUAAGGACUAAUCAUAUCAAAAGAAGAAGAAGAUUAAAUCGUAGAUAUGAAUGGAGAUGCAUUUAAAUUAAACCAAAACUGUGAUGCUGAGAACGAUCACCAAAAAUGUCAAUAAGAAUUACAAAUAUCUUACAACUCUCUCUCAGAUGAAUCCGAUCAUUACCUUUGUGACCACUUUUACCAAGGAAUAGAGCAGAUAAAUUUUGAUGAUGAACAUGAAAACUUUUAGGAAAAAUCAAAUAUUAUCAAUAAAACUUAAUUAAGCUAGGAAGAAAUCAUGCAAAAUCAGAUUAGUGAUUAUGAUGAUGAUGAAGCACAUAAAAAAUCAGAAUAAAAUAAUUAGAAUUAAAAUAUAGAAACAAUAAAGGAGAAGAUGAAUCGUUUAGAUUAAGAGUAUACAACUAGACUUUCCAAUUAUCAAGAAAAAAAGGACAAAGAAUAUAAUACUCUAAAGGAAUAAUUGCAGAAAAAAUUACAAGAAAAUGAAAUAAUACUACGCUAAUAAAUUGAAGCUGAAAGAAUUGAGUUGACAAAUUAGUAUCAAAAGUAGAGUGAAGCUGAAGAGAGCAUGGUAAAAUAAAAGUAAAUGAAAAUUAAAGAAAACCUGGGUCGCGAAUUCAUAAUUUGUGUCUAAAAGGUGAAUAUGAAGAUAGGAAAGCAAUUAUUGGAAGAUUUAGAAUAAUAUAAAUAACUAAAAUAGAAAUCUAAUCAAAGUAAACUCAACCUUCUGUAACAUAAGCUUUAUUUGAAUCGCUUAGUUAAUACUAAGAAGAUAAUCUAAAAAAAAUAAUCUGAUUAAAAUAAAAAUUCUUCCAUUGAAACUUCAGAAAAGAAUAAGUUCCUGCAAAAUGAAUUUAAUUAAUAUCGAAUAUAAAUCAUUGAAUCUAUUGAAUAGAAUAUUUAAUUACUAGAUUAACAGAAUGCUGUUAAGCUUCAUAAAGAAAAAGAGCUUCUAAAAAAAGAGUAUAAUUAAAAAUUUGAAUCUUAAAAAGCCGAAUUAAAAUACUAAAUCGCUUAAUAGUAGAAUAAAAACAAAAUAAUUGAUAAAUAUGCCAAAUAAAUUUUCGAGAAUCAUAUCAUAGAAAGAAGGAAUUUUAAAGAACAAUAAUUUUAAGAUGAAAUAAAAUAUAUUUAAUAAAAAGAACUCAAGAUUGCUUCGUAUUUAAACCUUGAUUGCAAUGACAAGGAAGUCAAAUAAAUAAAAGUUGAUAAUUUAAAAUAGUUUUUAGCCUUAAAAUAAUAAUUGAAUGAAACAUUAUCUAACAAGAUCUAACAACUCAAAAUGGAUUUAUAGAAUACUUACUAAAUAAUGAAAAGCAACUUAGCCGAAACCUAUAUUGAAAAGACUUGA